GCAGAAACUAUGGGGGCAAGGCGAAGCGAUCCCGUGCAAUCUCGCGAUAAAACAAAAAUGGAAUCAGCUUGAAUCUUUCUGUCUUGUUUUUGUUUUCUCCUCUUUUUAAUGUUCUUGAAAUCCAACCGACGUUAUCAUUGAUGUUUUUAAAUAAUUACAUAUUGAAAAAAAAGAGGAAGUGGUGGGUGCAAUUUCAGAACCCACACAAACCUUUCCUCCCAUAAUCCUUUGCGGUGGGUGAAAAUAAUCAAUACGGCCAUGUCGUGUCGUAGAUUUCAAUUUGGGCACGGACGAGAGAAACUCACUUCCUAACUUAUUUUCUCCGGCUAAAUUCUCUUUAAUUUGCAGCUCUGAGCUUCGUAAUUUCGACGCCUCUUUUGAGAGAGAAGCAUUUACAAGUCAAACUCGUGCGUUAGUGGUUGAACAGAGUUAAAAAUGAGCGGAGGAGGAACACCGUAUAUCGGCAGCAAAAUUAGCCUCAUCUCCAAGGCCGAGAUUCGCUAUGAAGGAAUUUUAUACACCAUUGACACUGAAAACUCCACCGUAGCCCUCGCUAAAGUUCGCUCUUUUGGAACCGAAGACAGGCCCACUGAAAGGCCCGUUCCACCUCGUGAUGAGGUGUUUGAGUACAUAAUCUUUCGGGGGAGCGAUAUCAAGGACUUGACCGUAUGUGAGCCUCCCAAGGCAACCAGCAGCCUGCCCCAGGACCCGGCCAUCGUUCAGUCAUCCCUUGGCUCCAGUAGCAGCAGCGCGGCGGGCCCGUCAUCAUCAUUCCAGUCUGCCGGCCCGUAUGCUCCUUUCAACAGGGCCCCGGUGCAAACCUAUGGCCAGUUUGGUGGCGCACCCUUGGGCGCUCCGCAUUUUGGGGCACCCGGAGGUCGCGGCAGUCCUCAGCUGGACCCCCUUACAAAGAGUUCCGCCCUGGAUCAGGCCACACAGGCCCCCACCUCAGCUACCCUGGCAGUGCCAGUCGGACAGAGGAGUCAGGCAGCAGCCCGACCCGUUGGCGCCUCCGUUGGCAACCAGAAGCCACCGGACCUCCUGCAGCAGAGGAAGGCUCUAGAGGUGCCGAAAGUGAGUCAAGGGGAUCAUGAGCAUGCUGCUGUUGAAAACCGGGACCCCAACAGGCGUCAAGGAGCUCAGUGCUACCUGUCAGCGGGCACCCAGCCAGUGCGGCGCGGGCGUGGACGGGGCAACCGCAGCAGGGGAAAAGUGAAUGUGCGCCGGGAUGGAAUGAUGAAGUUUGAGGAGGACUUUGAUUUUGAGACGGCCAACGCUCAGUUCCACAAGGACGACAUCGACAAGGAGCUGCAGACCAAGCUCAAGCUCAAAGACGAUAAGGUGGAAAAGACUUCUAAUGGCGAAGAAGCCGACCCUGAACAUCCGGGUGCUGAAGCACCAGCUGAGGAAGAGGAGGCAGUUAUACCGCCCUGUUACUACGACAAGACCAAGUCCUUUUUUGACAACCUGUCCUGCAACGACUCAAAUAAAUCACAUGAUGGAGGAUUUUCUAGAGAGCGGAGAUCGACCUGGGCAGAAGAGCGGCGGAUGAAUGCUGAGACGUUCGGCAUCCCACUGAGGCACCAUCGCGGCCGAGGGGGCUACCGCGGCGGCCGAGGCUACAUGGGGCCCCGUGGGGGCCGGGGACGGCCGUCCGGCCGGGGCUCCUUCGGCCCUCCUCGAGGGGCGCCGCCCGGCUUCCGAGGCAGCUUCAGGGGCACCAGAGGAGGCCGCGAGUUCGCCGACUUUGAAUAUGCGAAGGACAACAAGGUGGCUGCGUAGUCGCGCCCACUUGGACGCCAAUGCCGACCAAUCGUAGCUCUUUCAAAACAUGUUGUUGGGUCCCGACAUUUGCCAGGAAAGAAGAUGGCGCAGCAGCGUGUCACCUCCAUUUUCUUUUUCUUCAACGAAUGACCAGUGGUGUAAAUAAGCAGUCUGUUAGCACGCUGACUGCUUAGCUUGAUUUCUUCUUUUUUUUUUUUUUUUUUUUUGGAUUGACUUCCAUUUUGAGCGUGACAUCGUGUCAAGCGGGCCUGAAGGAAACCAAGUUUGAGCGCAUCCAGCAUGAUGAAAUGUGUAGAGAGAAGUCCACUGUUAACUGUUUUUUCUCUUCUUCGGAGAGCGCUUUUAGUAGUUAGCCAUCAGCCAAAAAGUUUGAAAUCUUUUCCUCAGUCAACCUCCUUUACUCUAAAUGGCUUCCCAAACAGCUUUCUGUGAAGCCUUUUGAUUCUUUUUUUUUUCUCCACCAAAAAGGGACAGCAACUGGAUAUGUGACAUGAAUGAGCUUUUUCAGUAUUUUUAGCUCCACUUUGUAUUUGGGGAGUGCCUUCAAUGGGGGGCGGGGGGGAUUUUCUACAGCUCUCCCUUUAAUGUUGAUGCUUUCUGGCAGAUGUAUGAAUAAAAAGCACUACGAGGUGGUGAACUUGUUGCAAAUGUGCCGUCAAUGUUGCACACGUUAGCCCAAUGCUGCAUGAUAGCCGAUCCGUCGAUUGGAAAACCAGUCCAAAACAAAUGGGAGAAUCAACCAUCAAGAACCAUCCAGAAAUAAGUUUUUGUAAGUCUGUUACUUCUUUUGGGCUUCUGAAACAUUUUGAAAACUGAGUAUUGUUAAAAAUUUAGUUUAUACAUUAAAAGAAAAUCAAGAGUAUAACAUCCUGAUCCCUGUUGUCUAUUAGAAAUUAAAUUUACUCUAAUCCAAACUUGCUGUUGUCAGUUCGUGUGUGAGGUCUCACAUUUUAAAAAUAGUUAAAAGCGGUGUAGAUGCAGUGAAGGCUGAAAUUAUUCAUACCCCUAGCAAAUUUUGACUUGGUUACUUCAAGCAAGUUUUUUCUGGUUUGGAAAUAACAUGGGCAUCUGCCAGAAGAUAUUAAGACUGUGUACAAGAGGCAUCAUUGUGGAAAAAAUUAUCAGGUUUUAUAUACAUUUUGAAGAAAAAGUGGCAUUAUUCAUACCCUUCUCAAUAAUCAGUAAAAAAGCAUUAGGCUAUUAGAGCAAUCAAACAGUUCCUACAAUUGCUGACCAGCUUUUUGCAUGUCUCCACUGAUAUUUUUGCCCAUUCAUCUUUAGCAAUGAGCUCCAAAUCUUUCCUUUUAGAGGAACUCUUAACCAUCACCAUGCUCUUUAGCACCCUCCACAGAAUCUCAAUUGGUUUCAAGUCAGGACUCUGGCUGGGCCAAUCUAAAACGUUCGUUUUUGUCCGCUAACCAUUUCUUCACCACUUUUGCCGUGUUUUAGGUUGUUCUGAACUGUCCACUGGUGCACAAGGCAAAAUAUCUCUGCAGACUGCCUGAUGUUGUUUAGAAUCUUGAUGUAAUUGUGCUUUUUUCAUGGUGCUGUUUUCUGUGAUUAGGUUCCUUGGUCCAUUGUCUGAAAAACAGCCCCAAAACAUUCGGUUCCCACCACCUUGGGUUGGCAGUGGGGAUCUUGUACUUAGGGUUGAAGGUAUAGCCUCUUUUAUGCCAAAUAAAGGAUACAUCUUUGUGGCCAAACAGGUAAAUUUUC